CAAAUUGGAAAUUUAUCUAAUGAGAGACGUGCUUCUUUGCCGUCUGAUUGGUUGGGCUGACUUGUAUUUAAAUGCAGAUGCGAUACUCAUUGCGCAUGCGUAAUUAUUAAAAUGAAGUUGACGUCUAGCCUGGCUUCAUAGUCUAGCAGUUGAGUUAGGCAUGCACAGUAUGCAUGUAAUACGAUAGCACUUUUAUAAAAACUGCUUGUACAGCGUAUUGUUACUAAGACCCAAUUGGGGGCGUACUUUGAAAUGCCUAUAUCUGCCAUAGUCUCGUUUAUACAUGGUGCUUGACUAUUCCUACAAACGUUCUCGCCCUUUCUUCAUAUCGUCAUCAUUUCCGACCCAAAAUAACCUUUUGGUUAUUCAAGUGCGUAAUUUAGCUGAAGGAAUGUUGAUUUGCCGUUAAUUAUUUUCCCAAAUCGUAUAGAAUAUCGACACCACGCCCAGGGUCAAACUGUGCCGGGUCGAAUAGGUCAGUUUCGCUACCUGGUCUCUCGAACUGGUAUAAAAUCAGUCAAUUGAAUUUGUUACCUACAAACGGCUUCCUGACAUUCAAGUUUGCAGUUGCAGUGUGCUGUUGAAUCGAACGAUGAAAGCUUUCUACAAAAACAUGUUUACUUGGGAACCGAUCAACGCACGUACGGCGUGGAUAGUAGCGGCAUAAGGUGUUACAAACGCACGUUUGGCGAUUUUACCGAGAGUAGUGUUUGGAGCGUGCGCCACCAGCAAGCAUGGGCGGGGUAGUCAAGCCGCUGGCCGGUAUGGAAGUCUUGCUGUUACUCGCUGUCGUCGGAGUCGGCUUGGCGGUAUUCCUCACUGUGUUGCAGUCCAUGACUGAAGUUCCAAAUGCCGCUUGUCUGCCGUAUACAGAGGUGACUUUCCAACGUGAUCCACCCGUGGCUUGGGGGAAUAUAACCUUCAAACCCCCUGGCGAUAAUGCAAAAUGCGACUUCUGCUUAGCUACUCAGGUUAUAAGUCUUUGCUUCGCUUUAGUCUGCGCUCUCUACCGGGGCGUGACAAUCUGCGUUGAGAAGCUCGAUCUAAAGCUGGUGCGAAUUCUCUCCAUUCCGCUGUAUCUUUUGUCGGCUGCUUUUGCCUUGAUUGAGAGCGCUGUCCUUCAAGUAGGCUUCAACAACUUCUGCAGUCAACUGACAUCGUAUGCUGGGUCGGACAAAAAAUGCGAAACCGCGGAGAAAUUCAUCGCUGGAUUACCUGACUGUCCCGAGUCUGAGUUUUACUUCGUCGGGAAAUUGUCGAUCGCCACGAGGGCGUCUUGGAUCUCCAUGGGCUUCUGGCUCCUGCUCACCAUUUUGACGAUCGUGAGCUUCGUCGCAAGUCGCAAGAAGCAGUCGGUACCAGUGAAGUCCUAACCGCAUGUCACGUGUCUGCAUCGGCUCUGGGCUUGACCAGGCCCUCAUUGGUGAAAGUGCGUCCAGUCUGCAUUAAUCGAAUAGACCUUUCAUGUAUGCAUCAUUAUUUUACAAAUUUGACCGCCAUUUUGUACGGUUUACUGUAAGCUCAUUCUCAGUUCUCUGCUACUUUUGCCUCAAAACGAACAUUUUGCUCCAUCGAUGUCAAAAUAGGAAUUAAUGUCACUUUGAUAGUGUUUAGUACAAGUAUUUAUUAUUCGGUGUCUUGAUAUUUAAGUUUAGGAUUGUAAACUCUUUUUGAAUUAUUAUGUUUUGUUAUGGAAAGUCAUAGUUAUAUCUGUGGCCCAGCAGUUGAUAAACUGUGCUCGUGACGUUAUAAAGAAAUGUCUAGAGAGGUUA